AUGUUCUGGCAUGUUGAUGAUGAUCAUUUAAUUAAAGUCACACUAUUAGAACUAUGGCUCAAAUUUCUAAUUGAAGUACUAGAAAAACGCUACUGCUCACAUUAUUUCAUUAAAAAUUUAAAUAUUUUGCAAGACUAUAGUGACAGUUUAAUCGUAACAGUUCUUGAAGCACUAUUAACAAUCGAUAUUAAUCAAGUUUUAAGUUUGAUCAGUUAUGAGACACAUAUGCUAUUUCACAGUAUAAACAUUCACGACCAAUUUAUUAGUAAGUUACAGUCUGUAUUCAAAAGAUAUCCAAAAGUAGCUAACAAAGUAUCAAAAGCAUUUUUAGAAAUUGUAGCAAAAAUAUUCUAUGAGGAGAAUUGUUUCAUAAAUAAUGAUGACAAUGAUUUAUUGUCGAAGACAGCGUUUCAACAUGAAAUUGAAGAAGUUCUCUGUUUACUUGUCGUAGUCGAACGACAUGAUAAAACGUUUUGGCAAAAAUGGAAACGUUUAUUUAUUGAUUUUAGUCGAGAUGAUAUUUCUCUUUUACCAACAAAAACAACGCUCAAACCAGCACAACUCGCUUUAUACAUGAGGGAAAGUGUAUAUUCACAUGGACCAUAUUUAAAUCGUAUACUAACACGUAUCCAUUUCCUAGAACCAUUUUUUGAAUGCUAUAAUCAGCUGCUACCAUUAAGAGGCAAUGGUCUUAUUUAA